UCGAAUCACCCGAGGAAUCCGCCACUUUCGGAUUGCGAGACAUUUUUGGGACAUCCUGUACAUUUCUGGGAAAUUUUGUAGGAAUGAAUGAAUGAUUUUCUGUUUUUCUUGGCGCAUUUUGUCUGAUUUUAUUUUACCUUAUAAAGAAGAAGACUAAUUUAAAUAAAAGACUAAUUUGGUAUAAAUAUAUCGUGUUAACGGCGACGUCCGUGUGCAAAGAGUUAACACGCGCGCAUUAAUAUAUGUUGAUUUGUUUUAUUUUAUUAUUAUUAUUAUUAUUAUUAUUAUUAUUAUUAUUAUUAUUAUUAUUAUUAUUAUUAUUAUUAUUAUUUCGUUGUAUUAAUUUCGUCAAGUGGACGAGUUGGCAGCUGGAAAGAGAAAGUAUCGUUUCGUUUUGGUCACCGUUCAUCAUCGUCAUCGUCAUCGUCACGUGUCACAAUCGAGGGGUUAAUCGUCCAGGGUCCCGUGGUAUACUCUUUCAAACAUAAACGCCGAUUUUCAUUUUGUGAUACCCGUGUAUGCGACGCGUUAAUCGAAUCACGUGAAAUUGUAUUUUUCCCAAUGUUCAACGAUUGAAUAAAAUGAUUGACGAUGAACUUACCUUGUAAAUCCUGCGCGCCGAGUCAUCGGAGACACCACCCUCGCACCUUGGCAGAAACACUCGAAGUGAAAAACAAUUAAAGAUCGCAAAAAUUGCAGCAAAAAUCGUCGAGCUGAUUCCUGCGCCAUCUCGUUUAGCUAUUAAUUAAACAAUUAAACGACGAGAAACAAGAAACCGUAAAACACGUAUCCCCUAAUUAGUUAUGUUUAUAUCUGGCCCGACCGACGCGCACGAUUAUCUGACCACGUCUCUCAGACGUGAUGAUAGUCUCUGGCCCGAUUUCUUGACCACGUCUCACAGACGUGAUAAUCAUUUCUGGCUCGAUCUUUUGACCACGACUCUCAGACGUGAUAAUCAUUUGUAGCUCGAUUAUCUGACCACGUCUGUCAGACGUGAAAAUCAUUUCGCUCGAUUCUUAGCCCACGUUUCUCAGACGCGAUAAUCAUUUCUGGCCCGAUAUUUUUACCACGUCUCUUAAACGUGAUAAUCAUUUGCCCGAUUCUUUGCCCACGUUUCUCGGACGUGAUAAUCAUAUCGCCCGAUUCUUAGCCCACGUCUCUCGAACGCGACAAUCAUUUCUGACCCGAUAUUUUUACCACGUCUCUCGGACGAGGCAAUCAUAUUUCCGGCCCUAUAUUUUUACCACGCCUCUCAGACGUGACAAUCAUUACGCCCGAUCCUUAGCCCACGCGUCUCGGACGCGACGAUAAUUUCCGGCCCGAUAAUCCGACCACGUCUCUCAGACGUGGUCGCAGGGCAAAUGGUGAAAUCGCUAAAAAUUCGACUGGUAUCCGCAGUAACCAGCUUCUCUCACGUUCCAGUCGGCGCGGCCCUGAUGGACAGCAUGGGCCCAAUGGAGUUCGUGGACGCGAAGAACUUCCAUCAUCCGGCCCCGCCGGCCUUCAGGACCCGAAUACCACGAAUGCGUGCCCAAGCGCUGCAGAACUACAUGUGCGGCGAGUGCGGCAAGGGCUACAAAUGGAUGGCGAAUCUUCGCCGACACCAGCGGCUCGAGUGCGGAAAGCUGCCGAAGCAUCGCUGUCGCAUAUGCCGCCGAGAGUUUUACCGAAGAUACGAGCUGACCAAUCACUACAACACGAAGCACGUGACCGCCGCCGAUUACGAAAAUCCCGCGCAGAAAGAUCCGUUGGCCACGUGGACCAAUUAAUUCGCGCGGUUCAACAGCGACGCUGCCGCGACUCGAUCGAUCGAUCGCGAUUUAUAGUAACGAAACAUGCGCGAUCCAUCGCGCGCUUUUAAUUAAACGUAAUCAAACGUAAUUAAUAACGAACUUAGAUUCGUAAUAAAACGAUCCGAUUUCUCAAUUCCACGGUGCGACCGGUUCACGAGAAUGAAUGUUCGAGAUUUAAUCGUGCAGCGAAACAUGUCGCAGACGUUCCUUCUCGUCGACUCGAUUAUUAAGCAAUUUCGAAAAGAAUUAUUAAUUUAUUAGCCGCGCGAGCAAUUGAACGAUCGCGCGGCGGCAGAAAAUCGGAAAUAAUUAGGCGACGAGACACAAUUGUCGAGCAUUUAUUCUGCGGGAAAUUCGCAGCGAAACGCGUCGCAGCCGUGCCUUCUCGUCGACUCGAUUAUUAAGCAAUUUCUAAACAAAAUUAUUAAUUUAUUAGCCGCGCGAGCAAUUGAACGAUCGCGCGGCGGCUGAAAAUCAAAAAUAAUUAGACGACGAGGCACAAUUGUUGAGCAUUUAUUCUGCGGGAAAUUCGGAUCGAAAUUAAAAUUUGUUGCUCCGCCAUGGUAUAUUGCUAAUAGCAACAAUAAUAUUGCUGAGCCUUGCUCUUUGGAGACAAGAGAAACAGCGAUGUUUUUAUUAAAAAUGUUUGUAUCAUUGAUUUAUUCGAGAACGACGACAAUCCUCGUGAAAUCAUCGGCGAACUCGAACGCUUUUAAUUCGACAUUUUUAAUUAAAUCUUCGAAUUCGUUCAUAUUCGUGGGCAUAACAUUGUCGUAGGAGAAAUAUACCGCUAUUUUUCUCCAUCGAAUCUCAUUCCCCGACCGCGAUCCGUUCGACGCGUUUCCGACUCGUCCGCUCGUCGGCCAUCUUGUCGCAUCUUGAGCGUACUCUCGCGCUUCUCCGCGACGCGAUCGCUAUCAUAACCUUCAUAACUUGUAACCGCGAAUGUAUUCGUAGCCUAAUGAAUUUCACGGGUCGCGGAGAGACCCGCUGUACCGAGAGAGCGUGAGAACGUUUCUCUCCCAGCGCUGACUUUAUAAUGGAAAGUGAAAUAAAACGUGUACAAAAGACCGA